UAUCAGUUUCAGUUUCUGCCACCACACUUUCUCUUCCACAGUUUCGUUAUCUAGAUAUUAUUUUAGGAGGAUCUCUCUCUCUCUCUGCUUCUCUCCAUCUCUCUCUUAGCCAUGGCUGCUUUCACUUGUACCUCUCGUCCUCCCGUUUCCCUCCGUUCGGAGUCGAGAAUCGCAUCCUCUCCAUCCGCUUCACUCUCUGCUCGGCGGAUGUUCACCCUGUCGCCUGACUCAGCAGGAUUGAGAAUCCGUCUUUCCCAGUCUCCCUCCUCGUUGACCUCGAAGGUUCCUCGACCACGAAGAGGCAUCGUCUGUGAGGCUCAGGAAACCACUACAGAUAUUUCAAUAGUCAACGACACAACAUGGGACUCUCUAGUUCUCAAGGCGGACGGGCCUGUAUUGGUUGACUUUUGGGCACCAUGGUGUGGGCCUUGCAAAAUGAUUGACCCGCUCGUGAACGAGCUAGCAAAAGAGUACACCGGGAAGGUCAAGUUCUACAAACUGAACACGGACGACUCUCCUUCAACCCCAAGCAAGUACAAUGUUAGAAGCAUCCCAACGAUCAUGAUCUUUGUCAAUGGGGAGAAGAAGGAUGCAAUCAUAGGUGCAGUGCCUAGAUCUACGCUCGCGUCUAGCAUUGAUAAAUUCUUGCAAUGAGAUUUAGACUGGUGAGUCUGUGAGAUCUGUUUCUCCUCCUCUUCUGUCUUGUGUUCUCAUUCUCUCUUGUAAUUUGUGCUUCUUUGUAGCUAUCUGUUUCUUCUAUUGUAUCUUUUAUUCAUCACUGAACAUGGAUAAAUAAGAUGAUGUCAUGUUUUUUUAUGUUA